AUCUGUCAAUUUGACAUUGACGUUUUGUCACAAAUUGUUUUCAAUUUUUGGAAAUUUUGUGAAUUUGUGGUCUUAUAAAUAAGUGAUUGAACGUAUAAAUAUACCAACCAACUUUAGUGUUAGCGUUUGAAGUGUUGCAACUUUAUUCAAAAUGCCGCGAGCAGAGUUCGGUACCCCCAAAUACAUCGCCAACAAGAUGAAGGCAAAAGGUCUUCAAAAACUGCGAUGGUACUGCCAGAUGUGUCAGAAACAAUGCCGAGACGAAAAUGGUUUUAAAUGCCAUACCAUGUCCGAGUCUCAUCAGCGACAACUUCUUCUAUUUGCUGACAAUUCCAAGAGAAUCAUUGAUGACUUUUCAUACGAAUUUGCGAAGGAGUAUUUGCAAAUUUUGCGACGUCAGUUUGGUACAAAACGUGUAAAUGCAAAUCGGGUGUAUCAGGAGUAUAUCUCUGAUAGAAAUCACUUACACAUGAAUGCGACAAGGUGGGUCACUUUAACUGGGUUUGUGAAGUGGCUGGGGAGAACUGGCAAAUGUUUGGUGGAUGAGACGGAAAAAGGAUGGUUUAUCACAUACGUUGAUCGUGAUCCCGAAACGAUAGCACGCGAAGAAAAGAAAAAUAAAAAAAUGAAAAUGGACAAGGAUGAUGAGGAAAGAACUCUGGAAUUUGUGCAGAAGCAAGUGCAAUUAGCUCAGGAGCGUGGUCAAACGAAAAAUGAACCGGUAUACACAGAGCUAGUAAGAGAAAAUGAAGAAGAAAAAUUGAAAUUAGAUCUUAAGCUUGAACCACCACCGAAAAAGGAAGUUAAACCAGUUGUUUUCACACAAUUAAAACGUUCAUUAGAUGAAGGAACUUCAAAAAGCACCGUUAAGAAAAAUAAAACUGAAAACCGGAAAAAGACAGCUUUGGAUGAAAUUAAAGAAAUUGAAGAGAUCAAGAAAGAAAAGUCCAACAGGAAAGAUUACUGGAUUACAGAAGAUAUAGUAGUUAAAGUUAUGACAAAAUCAUUGGGUGACGAGUAUUAUAAACAGAAAGGUGUCAUAAGAGAAGUGCACAACAAAUACAUAGCAAUAGUGAAAUUGUUUGAUAGUGGACGUAAAUUAAAAUUAGAUCAAGAACAUUUAGAAACUGUCAUUCCAGCUAUUGGAAAGUUAGUCAAAGUGGUGAAUGGGGCAUAUAGGGGAGAAACAGCGACUUUGCUUUCUAUUGAUGAAAAAAAAUAUUGUGCUGAAAUUAAAAUCGCAUCAGGGUUGUUAAUGGGGCGAACGUUGUCAGGGGUUCAGUAUGAGGAUAUUUGUAAACUUAAUGAGGAACAAUGAUUUAGUUUAUAAGCAUUUUUUGUAAAAUACCUACUUAUGUAUGUAACAAAAGUUAUUAAAUAUAAUUUUAUUUUAU